AUUAUGUGCUGUUUUAAAUCAUACGAAUCUCCCGAUAUUGAUCCUAUGGGUACUUUUUAAACAAGGUUCAUCAUGAAUGGGUGUGUGGUAUCAGAUACUCCAAUAGCAGUUGAUAUGUGGAAGGUUCGCCUCCAUCCCUGUGUGAAGCUGUUUUUCUUGUCACACAUGCACGGAGACCACACAGUUGGACUAACUGCCUCCUGGAAAGACAACAUAUACUGCUCACCAGUGAGUGGAAAGUUGCUUAGACAGAGAAUUAAGGUGAAAGAGUGUUUCAUCAAGCCACUUGAGUUGAACACAAGUCACUUGCUUCCUCUAGAUGAGACUGGUAAAGAGACCAUGACUGUAACUCUCAUAGAUGCUAACCACUGCCCAGGUGCUGUAAUGUUCUUUUUCCAAGGUUACUUCGGAAGCAUCCUAUACACUGGAGACAUGAGAUACCACUCUGAUAUGUUCCUAGAUCCCAGCCCACUUUGUAAUCUCACCACUCCUAUAGAUGUCCUAUACCUUGACAAUACGUAUAAUGACCCCCAGUGUGUCUUCUCCACUAGGGACGAAGCAACCAAUGAGAUACUUGAAAUAAUCCGUGCCCACCCUGAGCAUGACAUUCUCCUAGGGAUGAAGAAUCUUGGGAAGGAAGACCUGUUUGUGCAGGUUGCCAUGGAGCUUAAUGAAUGGAUAGUUGUCACAGAAGAUACAUAUAAUGACUUCAUAGUACUGGAGCUACCAAAUGUCUUUACAACCGAUCAUAAACUAGGGAGGCUUCAGAUUGUUAAAUCAUUUAAGAUCACCUCUAAUACUAUAGCAACCCUGAACAGACAACAGCCCACUAUAGGAAUCAUCCCUACUGCUCUGUUCACAGGUACAGGCCUCAACCCUUACAGCAACUGUGAUGAUAUAUUCAUUGUAAACUAUUCUGACCACUCCUCCUAUACAGAACUUCAUGAUUUUGUGUCUCAGGUGAAACCUAGGAGUAUCAUCCCUGUGGUUAAAUGCACCAGGGGUGUGUUCAACUCAGAUUGGACAUCCAGAGGAAAUAUGUCUUGCUUCACUACAUACUUAGACCCAACACCAAAGGUAGUAUAUGAGGUCCCGCCUAGCGUGAAACAAUAUAUGAAUGCAGGUAAUGUCAAUCCCUAUGAUUCAUCCUCAGCUGCAAAGUCCAAAAAGAAUGUGGCUAUGAUAAAAAGAUAUAAGUUACAAAGGACCCAGUCAUACCCCAAAACCAACAGACCCAAGGGUAUUGUAUUCCCAGAUUCCCCUGAGGACCCUAAACCUAGGCAACCUGCAAGGAUGAAGAUGCAUAUUAUAUUUGAUAGUGAUGAUGAUGGUGAACAGACACGAGCUGUCUCAAUUAAAAACAGUCCUCCACAGCUCAAUGAAACAGCUAUUGACAGCAAACAACUCAUUCAAGAUACCCACACUAAACAUGUCCCAUCAAAUGAUACAGGUUGUGUUGAUAAUGUACUCGGCAUUGCGCUUGAAACAACACAUAAAAAAGAUGGUAAAAAUAACCCAACCAGAGACAGCAUAGUUUGUCCACAGAGUAAUCACCAACCAUCAAACUCGAACAAUGAGUCCCCCAAGUAUGACCCAGUGUGUAUAAGGAAGCAUCUGAAUUCAUAUAACCCUAAGCGGAGAAAGCUGCCAUUAACACUUACUCAACCACAAUCUAAGCGAUAUCGACAAGAUAAUUUUCCUCAACGUGACUGUCUUAACACAUGGUUUCAGAGUGUCAAACCAGAGCCGAUUGGAUCAAACAAAAAGCUCAGUUUAAUCAAAAAUGGAAAAAUAAACAGUCAAAUGAAACAAAUCGAGAAAUGUGAUUCAACAGAAGGGACUUAUGAUAUUGACUUGAACACAAACAAAUCAGUCAUAUUGCCAUUUAAAGAUGGCACUCAAAGUGGAAGUUCCAAACUAUAUGGAACGAUGAAAUCAAUUAACUUUCAACAUGAAGAUGGCAGCACGAGUGUUAAACAGAAAGUUUUUAAUGUAAAGACAGUGAAAUCUUUAAAAUGCAAACCGAUUAAUGACAAUAUCAAAAACACAAAGAUCAUUUGUAAAACUUCGAAAUCAACAAUAGCUUUGAAUUGCAAACCUUUGAAACGGAAAACAAAAGUAUGAAUUUGUCAUUAUUUAUAAACUGGGUAUUCUGAUAAAUGGUAGAACAAUCAAGUUGGUCAUGAAUUCGACAUUUUUUCAUGUUCUAUCACUUCCUUAUUUGGUCAGACAUCUCUCCAUACCGAUUGCAAACACCUUGUAUUGUAAGUCCGUGAUCAUUUGCCAUCUCUUAAAAACGUAAAUAAACCCAACAUGUGCUGCCAUCUUUAUAACAGUCUUUCUAUCGAAAUUAUUAAAUGAAAUGAAAAAAUCAAAAAACAAUACAACAAAAAUAUAUAUACAGU